AAACGUGUAAAUUGAUAAAAGUAUUUUUAUUUCCAUGUUCCCCGCCUUCUGCCUGAUUAGUUCUUUACGACCUCGUUCAAAGUUCUCACCGCUGUGGUAGACGAAACCGAAACUUUGAAACUUUCGCCGAAACUCGUGAAUUGUGCGCUCCAGAUUUUUGUGUGUUUGUGUUCCGAAUUUCUGCACUCGUAAUCUACCGUUUCUCGUAAUAAAUCUCGCUUUGUUAUUUAUCUACCAUACGUUUCCGUCGGGAAGCCAGCGUUUUUGUGUUCAUAGUGUUCGGCCGGCUCUAACCUCAUUACUGUUGUGUUCAGCGAAGUUCCUCUAUUUUUCGUUAAUUCAUACCUGAUAAGUGCCGGUCCACGUUUAUCAUUUGUGUUUUCAGUGUAACUAUUUCCGAAUUUAUAAUUCUGGUGUCCGUACUCUCUCAUCUGGAUUAUAAGCUGAAGUAUGUGAAGCAGUUGAUUUGACUUGUGCUGGGUGCAAAUCGGACUUUUGAUUAUGGGAGUGAAAGUGCACGCGGAGAAAAGAGAAAAAGGCAUCGGGACUGGCACAAGACACCUGCGGCUCUGAUGCGCGGCGCCUGAGCACCCACCCCACGUCAUCCACCAUCCAUCCGCCAACGAUGAGUAAAUGACCCUCCGCCCAGCCCUGUCCGACGUGAAGGCCAUGCUCAGCGAUUGAGACUCGCAACCCCUGUGACGUUCACCAUCUACACUUGCUACUUCAAGGGAGGAGUGCCUCUGCCCUUCGGCCAAGAUGGGGACACUCUUCCGAAGCGAGGAAAUGGCCCUGUGUCAACUGUUUAUCCAGCCGGAAGCCUCAUACACCUCCGUCGCCACUCUCGGAGAGGCCGGAGUUGUCCAGUUCAGAGACCUGAACGCGGGCGUGAACUCCUUUCAGCGGAAGUUCGUGAGCGAGGUGCGGCGCUGCGACGAGAUGGAGCGGAAGCUGCGGUACAUCGAGGUCGAGGUCAGCAAGGAUCGCAUCUUCGUGCCCGAGUCCAACGUCUGCCCGCCCGCCCCCAACGCCCGCGAGAUCACUCAACUCGAGUCACAUUUAGAGAGGACGGAAAGUGAAAUCCUUGAACUCAGUCACAACGCUGUAAAUUUAAAAUCAAAUUAUCUAGAAUUGACAGAACUGAAGUAUGUGUUGGAAAAAGCGCACGCAUUUUUUCAAGAGCUUGACUUGGAUAUUCUGGAUCAAGAGGGCGCCAGUGGCUCGGGCAACAACGACUCGCUCACGAAAGCACUCAUCAGCGAUGAAAGCCAGCAGCAGUCCUCUCGCGGUAGAUUAGGGUUUGUCGCUGGAGUUGUGCCGCGGGAAAGAGUGCCAGCGUUUGAGAGAAUGUUGUGGCGAAUCAGUCGCGGAAAUGUAUUCCUGAGACAAGCAGAAUUAGAGGAACCAUUGGAAGACCCUGCUACGGGGAACGAAAUUUACAAGACUGUUUUUGUAGCUUUCUUCCAAGGAGAGCAGUUGAAACAUCGAGUAAAAAAAGUAUGCUCAGGAUUCCAUGCAUCAUUCUACCAAUGUCCUAGCUCGCACACACAAAGACAAGAACUGCUAAAGGGCAUAAAAACAAGAUUAGCUGAUCUUAAUUUAGUAUUAAACCAAACACGAGAUCACAAGCAAACUGUGUUACGCAGUGUAGCGGAGAAGCUUCAUGGUUGGACAGUGCAAGUCCGGAAGAUGAAAGCAAUCUAUCACACCUUAAACUUAUUCAACAUGGACGUAACAAAAAAAUGCCUCAUUGGAGAGUGUUGGGUGCCCGUCAAUGAUUUAACCUUCAUUCGCAAAACUCUUUUAGAUGGUAGUAAAGCUGUAGGCAGUUCAAUUCCAUCAUUUCUAAAUGUAAUUGAGACGAACGAAAAUCCUCCAACAUUUCACCGCACGAAUAAAUUUACCGAGGGCUUUCAGAAUCUAAUUGAUUCAUACGGUAUUGCUUGUUAUCGUGAAGUUAAUCCUGCACUGUAUACAAUUAUCACAUUCCCAUUUUUAUUUGCUGUCAUGUUUGGUGAUGCGGGUCAUGGAGCCAUCCUAGCCAUAUUUGGAGGAAUCAUGAUUUAUUUUGAACAGAUGUUUCUCAAGAAGAAAUCAAAUAAUGAGAUUUGGAACAUAUUUUUUGGUGGUCGCUACAUCAUAUUCCUGAUGGGGCUGUUCUCUAUAUACACAGGAAUCAUCUACAACGAUUUCUUCUCGAAAGCAGUCAAUGCAUUUGGCUCAAGCUGGUUUAGCAAUUACAACGAAUCCACUAUUCUCAGUAACUCUGACAUCACUUUAGAUCCUGUUUAUCAAUACAAACAAUAUCCUUAUCCUAUAGGAGUCGACCCCGUUUGGCAAAUUUCUAGCAAUAAAAUAGUUUUCUUCAAUUCAUUCAAAAUGAAGUUAUCAAUCAUAUUUGGGGUGGUGCAUAUGAUAUUUGGUGUCAUGCUGAGUGUUAUCAACCAUAUCCACUUCAAAAGGAAAAUGAGUAUUAUUUUGGAGUUCCUACCUCAGUUAAUCCUUCUUAUCCUUCUAUUUUUUUACAUGGUCAUGCUCAUGUUCAUGAAGUGGACUCUAUAUGGUCCUCAGAACCCGCUAAAGACCAGCCCCCGAUGUGCACCAUCUAUCCUAAUUAUGUUUAUCAAUAUGAUGCUCUUCAAAAACAACGAACCAUUUCCAGGCUGUGACGAAUAUAUGUAUGAUAAUCAGGAAUUUAUUCAGAGACUUAUCGUUUUUUUCUCGUUCCUCUGUAUUCCGGUCAUGCUAUUCGGAAAACCGAUCUACCUUAUAUAUUUUGCCAAUAAGCCCACUAAACGUCACUUUUCGAGUAACGGCGAGGCUCACCAGGGGAUAGAAUUGCAGGAAAGUCGGAACAUGGACGUGGAGACAGACGUGGUCACAGCCGAAACGCAGGAAACCCUGGAGACUCUGAUGGCACAGACGGAGACGGAGCAAGAUGUCCAGCCUGUGGAGGAACACGAGGAACCGAGUGAAAUCUUCAUUCACCAGGUCAUUCACACGAUAGAGUACGUUCUCAGUACGGUCUCGCACACUGCGUCCUACCUCCGACUCUGGGCGCUCUCCCUCGCUCAUGCACAACUGUCGGACGUUUUAUGGGGCAUGGUUCUGAAGAUUGGACUCCAAAGAGAGAGCCACGUAGGUGCUCUAGUAUUGUUUAUAAUGUUUGCCCUCUGGGCUGUGUUCACUGUUGCCAUUUUAGUCAUGAUGGAAGGUCUCUCAGCAUUCCUUCAUACACUCCGUCUUCAUUGGGUGGAAUUCAUGAGUAAAUUCUACACGGGGACCGGAUAUGCCUUCCAACCGUUCUCUUUCAAACAUAUUCUUGAGAGUGAGGAAUACACGUGUAAUGAAGAAUAAGGUUUUUUCAACGACUUCUUGUAAUUUACCCGUAUUUUACUCAAGUCUUAGGUAUAAGUAUACCAUAAUGUUACGCUUGGAAGCUUGCGCAUUAUACAAUCAUUCACUUUUUCGUUGUUAAUUUUCAUCUUCCCUGAUAACACUAUCUAUCUUGCCUUUUAUUUUCUCUUAAAGCAAAAUUACUCUUUAGUUUUCUUUUUCUCUUUUCCUACCUCAGUGAUUACAAACAAGUGAAAUUUUGUUGGUCUUGCAAUGAAUGAAGAUAAUCCAAAUUUCCACAACGCCUCCUAUCGAAGCACAGCAAGUUUCAGUCAGUUUUAAAAUUGGAAUUAAAAAAUCUCACUUAAAAGAGCCAUCAGUUGUUAGGAGAUUUUUUAAAAAUCCAUAAUUUUUUUCUGAGAAAGAUAUUUUCCUCUUUGACUCCUUAGCCUCCAAAUGUGAAGAAAGAAAUUUGUAAGGAAAACUGAAGAAAUUUUGUAAUUACUCUCAGGUUUCAAGAUUUCAUUCCUCAAAAAUUGUUUUAAAAUUAAUAGUUCAAGCUGUGAUACUCAGUAGCGUAGCCAAACAUUAUUAAGGGGGAAUGCAGUAAAAAAUCCUUCUUUGUUCAUUAUUAGAAAAUCCUGAAGUCAGGUCAUGGGGCACCUCGAAACCCCUGACUCUUCAAUGUCUGCGUCUUUGGUGAUGCUAACAAAAUCUUAAUCCAAAGUUUUAGAACUAAACCCUUUAAAUUUGCCAAAAAUGUAAAAUUGUAAUUGUCGUUUCUUCUCAGAGGAAAUUCAAAUUUCAUGAAAAAGUAUCGUAACUUUCGAUUGAGAAAAACAUUGUGGCAGAGAUAGUGUGUUAUCAGGACCCAAUGUGAUUUUGUGGCGGUGAGUGGCCCCUUGUGAUUUGCUUUCCUUCUUUUAAGGUGUUUUUACAUUAAUUUUAAGCCUCUGACUACAGUUUAAGCAAGACCUGAUCGUAUAAACACACCAAAGGUCAUAGAUCCUGUUCUAAAACUAAGAGUAAGUGCUCAUUCAUGCUGAGGUCAAAAUAUGUUGUUCCGUUUGUUUACUUAAAAUAUUAUCAUGUCUUUAAUUUCUAUUUAAAAUAUCAUCGAAUUGAAAUGCUUAACUAAAGACAUGAGUUUUGCAAUGGUGGUUACUGCAACCAGAACUAUUUUUGUAGUCAGUGUGAAUGCUCUGUUUUUGUCAAUAUGGUAGGUGGAAAAUUUUUAUUUUGUUGACCUCAGGUCUCAUAAUACCAAGACACCUUUAUGAGUAAGCCAAGAACUAAACCACUGGAUCAUAACUGAAAUUUUUCAACAGUGAUUUUUAUGUCAAAAUUUUUAUUUUUAUUCUUGUGAUUAGUUUGUAAAUUUUUGGAACCUUAAAAAGUUGUAAGAUUAGCUAGUAUUUUUUUUCUCUCUUUUUUUCUUUUUUGUGCAAAAGAUAGUAAAACUGGUAGAGCAAACACUAUUUUUACUCUGAUAUAUUUUUGGUUUUAUUUUUGUAAACAUUUAUCUAUCAAGCCUGAUUUUUAAUAAUUUUAAAGCGUAUUUAUCAAAGCUGUUUUUUUAAAAGUGCAAGCUUGUAUGUAUUUUCGACAGGCCAUUGGCCUAGUUUAAGAGAAACAUGGGGUAAUACCUUAAGUGCCAAGUCAGUGGAGGUUGUGAGGAACUGUGAAAACUGUCAGAAAUCAAAAUUUCUCAAACCUCUAGGAAGAAUUUUUUAGUUAUUACUUUUCAACCUAAAAUUCUAAAGUUGUCUUGAACGGAUUGUUUUUAUCUUACAGUAAAUACUUAUGCUUUUUUUCGGGUCACGAAAUACGUCAUACUGAAGGAAUCAAUUUUUUUAUGAAGUUGACUGAACUCUGUUUUCCAAUGGCCUUAAAAGUUAUCUUUACUCAUCCAUUGCGUACAAGUAACGUGAUUUGAGUCAUGUGGCACUGCUGCAAUCUGACCAAGAUGUUUUGAAAAACUGAAUCCUGAAUAUCAAAAAUUUGUUAAUGAAAUAUCAAAAAACAAGUUUAUUUUCCCUUUGAACUGUUACAGAGUCUUUUUAUAUUUCAACUUUCAUUCUUUGUAUUCUAAACUGACUAUCAUCACAAAUUAUUUUUAUACUCGUUUAGAAAUUAAUACUUCACUCUUUUACUCGGUUCUUAAAGCCUCCUUGUUUCCAAUAUUUUCACUUAAAUCUGAGAAGGCUUAUUUUGCUCUACGAUUAUCAAGGUACAAAUAUUUUUGUUUAAGAUUUUUUUACUUUAAUUGCUGGUGUAUUUUUCUGACUAUUGGAUUAUAUCGUACCAACCCUUUGCUAUGCAUGCCGAAUCAAAUGAAACAUUUUAGGCACCAUCAGUUCAAGCAAAUUGCAUUUCCUAUUUGCCCUGUGGUAGCUUAGAUUUUGCAGGCAAAGGAUUUUUGAUUUAUCUAGAUUGUUCAAAUGCUCCCUUGUAAUCACGCAUGCUCAUCAUAUCAUGCAUUAUCAAUAAAACCAAUGCUCUGCCUUUCGUUUAAAAUUUUAGGACCACUUUAGCCGGAAAACUCAAUUUUUAGAAGCCACCUACAGGUUUUAGGAGCAAAAUUAACUUAUUUCAUACGCAUCAUGACUGCAAAUCGUGCGUUGAGAGCAUCACUGCUGCUUCAUGACUGCAAGUUUAAAGAAAUUGACGAAGUGCGUCAACUUUUUAGGGGCCACGAUGGCCUAGUCCCCUCUAUCUUUAAGCCUCAAAGCCUGAUUUCUAGACGCAUUUGGUGAAUGGUAUCUGGGGAAGGCAGAAGACUGGAUAAAAUUCCCAAUUUUAUGAAGUUUGCAAAAUUAUUUGUUUUAUCUUUGGAAACUUGCAUCAUACAUCAUAGUGGAUCACUUACUCUGUAAAUUUUGCCCUUACUUCUUGUGCGAGAAAAAAUUUAGAAAGUUUCAAAGUGGCUUGUAUUAUCAAUUCCUGCCUUACUUCAAGACCAAGUGAGCACAGAAAUUUGACCUCAAAUAAUUUUGACUAAAACUAUAAUUUUAGGGACCACAUAAAAGACAACUCAGCCUAUUUUAAGCCUCUAUUCUUUCAUAAGUUUUUUUCUUUUCUUUAUUAAAUUUUAUUUUAUUUUUCCACUCAUUGAACACCAAUAAUUCUCAAUGACUAGUUUUUGUAUCAUAUUUUGUAAGAUGUAUACUUGUAAUUUUAAGUGCCUUGUGUAUAAUAAUGUUGAUGAAUGAUUCUACCUUGUUGAUAAACUGUUUCUAUAAUUACAAUAAAAUAUUACCAAAAACAA